AUGGAAAAAAAUCUGAACUCGUUUAUAGAACGCUGCAGCAAUGUUCCCUAUAGCCCUCUUACAGAAGCAACGUUUAUAGAAAUUGAAAAUCUACGCAAGCAUAUACAGAAAGGCUGUUUAUCAGAAAUACCUCCAGGGUGUGGUACUGAGAGAAAUGAGGGAUUGCACAGACUUUUAAACAGGUCAAUGAUUUCUGGAGCCACUACUCUUUCCGUCCAAUUAGCAAUGGCAUUGCUGACUCUCUUAUUCUACCAUCACAAUCAAAAAAUAUCUGCAGAAAAACAUUUUUGUAGUUCAAAAAUCAAGCCUGUGGCUCCAGUCGUAACCAAGGUCACCAACAGUAAUGUGUUAACUGGAAAUGCUGAAUUUGAAACAGAGUCAGGUGAUGAUAAAGAUCGCCAGCGUCAGUUUUCAACAGAGUUAGAUAUAGAGGAUGGAAAAAUUUUCCAGAUUUCCGAAAACUCAUUUGCUUCUAGUAAUCCUUUUAUUAUAAUGGUUGAGACCAUUGAAGAUCUCUCUCAGGAAUCGAUUGCAGCGGCUCUAAUUAGUGCAACGUAUAACCUUUCUGAAAUGAUAAAGAAAGUAAAAGAGAAAAACAAUGAUCGUUCUUUUAAUGCUCUUGACACUGUUCAUCUCAGCAAAAUGACAAAACUUCUUACUUCUGAAGACAACAUUGACACCGACGACCCAACGAUCAACAUCCAUAGUGAGACGCUUAAACGGCAUUUAGCCACUUUCAACCUGCAGCUGGAUAGAGUCCAAUCUGAUGGGGACUGUGCCUUCCGUACAAUAAUCAGAAAAGUAAGAAAACUUGUCCAUAAUGAAGCCGGUCAAUUAUCAGAUCACCUGAGGCGUCUAGAACUUUUAAGUACUGAGGACCUGGAUACGUACACUCUUCGACAACUAUUUGUAGAUGCAGUUUUAGCAGACGACUGCAGCAUCUCAAACUUCUUCGAAGGUCCCCAUGCAGAUGUUGAAAGGAAAGCCCGCGAGUUUAGCGUAAGACGUUUUUUUGAUCAAGAAAUUGGCGACUUUGUAAUAAGACUAUGUUCAAAUAUCUUGCAAGCUCCAAUUAUGGUGAUAACUUCUUCUGAAACAAUUCCUUUUUUGCCCUUCAACUGCGAUAAUCCUUUGAGUAACACCCCAAUCUAUAUUGCUCAUCAUUAUUUUGGGGCAGGCCAUUACGAUGCUACUGAGAGCAUAACCAAUUGUAAGUUGAAGUAAAUGGUAAAUUUAACAGGGAUAAGUCUGUCAACUCAAGGAACUGCGUUAUAGUAUGGGCAGCUGUAAAAUCAAGAGUUGUAAAUACCAGUUGUUACUGAACUAUCAAAGGUCUCGAACGGAUGGGUGACCAAACUUUUAUCAUCCAUGUCAUGAUAAUAAUAAUGACUUAUUUUGACGUGUUAUAAGUUUUAUAAUUACUCAAGUGGGGCUAAAGAUAGGUUUUAUGGCGCGAUUGCAACGCCUUCCGAAAGUUACAAGGAUUUGUAUGGUAGAAACAAUCAACCGUGACUGGGUGGCAAGAGUUUAUUUUCCCAAUCGCUAUUUUGACAUACCUUAUUAUAGGAAAUUAACACUCCAUGAAAUUAAGGCAUUGGAAAUUAACGCGAAUUUAAUGGAAAACUACUUUCGAAUAAAGAAAAUUAACGCGAAAGAGGAGGUAGAAUUUCACAAUAAAGGAAAUUAACGCGAUUAAGACACAGUUGGUGGUGACAACUAGAACAAAUUUAUUUCAACACUGGAUGCAAAAAAAUUCAAAACUGAACAAAACUGAGCUGACAUCACUUCUGACAGCGACAACGANCAACUAGAACAAAUUUAUUUCAACACUGGAUGCAAAAAAAUUCAAAACUGAACAAAACUGAGCUGACAUCACUUCUGACAGCGACAACGAUGAAGAUGAACUCGAAAUAUUGUAAACCUUCGCCUUAGCUUUUGUGAAAGAUGAAAAAUAAAGGGUAAAUGGAAAGAAAGAAAGCUUGUGUUUAAUGUUUUUUAGGUGUCAAGAAUGUCUGGACAGGUUCCAUAAUUGGGGUUGAAACACUCGAAAUUAAGAGCGCAAAAAUUAACGCUGCACUUAAUUAACGUCGCGGAAAUUAUCGCUCAAAAAAAUUAACGCGACUUAAAUUAACGCGAAUUUUAACGAUUCGCGUUAAUUUCCUAUAAUAAGGUAGACCAUAAUGCAUAUUGUUUACAAUGGUUAUUCAAAAAUUUGGGAGGUCAACAAGGUGCAAUAUGGCGUAUUUAAAAAGGUUGAAUACGAACAUUCCAAUUUUCGGCGACAGUUACAAUCGCUAGGUUAUGUAAUUUUAAUACGCCCUUUUCAGUUCCUUCUAACACUAGUUUUCCAAAAGUUGUUGGCAUAUACCAGGAAACCUGAGACAGACAGUGUAACUCGAUCGGUUAGGCAACCUCGAGACCUAUGAAUACCACUAUAGUCCAUUAAAGCCAUGCUAGUAGUUACACGGCUUUUAAAACGAAAAGGAACAGCAACAAUACUAAACAACCUACAAUAACAAUAACAAUAAUAAUAAUAAUAAUAAUAAUAAUAAUAAUAAUAAUAAUAAUAAUAAUUGAACCAAAUAAUGAACGACUUUUUUCAGAUCCUAUCGAGGCUGAACUUCAGCAUGCUCAGGAACAGGCAGUUUCCCGAAUUUGCUAUUGUGGACGUGAGGCAAAAUCCAGAAGUGAGCACUUUUGUGUUUCAACUGAAAAAUCUUGUUGCCCGUGUGUUUCUAACAAAAAAAAUUGCCAAGCUCAGAGCAAGUGCCACAACUGUGACAAUCGCAGUCAGAAUCCCCAAAAACUGUCAUGCCGGUGUGGAGAAAGUAGGGCUAAAGGACGGAAAACAGGUCAAAACUUUUGCAUGGAUGUAACUGGUCAGAGACGAACAAAAUGUCCCUGCUAUUCCAAUGGUAAACCUUGCUCUAUCCACUGUUCAUGUUUCAACUGUGAAAAUAGAUAUGGAAUAAGGGUUACUCACAGCACAGACGAUUGUAAGGCAGAGAAAAAGAAGAGAACAACUUCUACACCACCAUCAUUGAAGAGGCGGCUAACAGCAGCUAUCCUGGAGCUAGGAGGAGGGAUCUGA